AACUCUAAAUUAGAGUUUUGUAAUUCUAUGAUUAGAGUCUAAUCGCCUUCAGAGUUGCAUCUUCUGACUUGAAUGCACUUGUAUCACUCCAACUACAUUAUGAAGGACCCAUGGAAUCCCUCUGUAGUCAAGGUAUCCAAGGCCUUUGUUACAGCUUCCUUUAUCUUUCUCUUUCAGAGCGGAGAUAACCAAAAGUUACGGGGAGCAUAGUCAAGACUGCAAGGAGGGUGAGGGACAGUUCUGAAGCCCAACUCUAUCAAGUAGUUGGUUACCAGGAUGGAAUUAUGGACUGAUACACUGUCCUGGUGUAGGUGCCUUAGCCUUUUGCGACGAAAUUUCUUCCUGAAUUCCCUCAAAACUUCCACAAAGUACUCUUUGUCGACCGUUUGGGCAGAAGGAACCCAGCGAAUGUGGAUGGCACUUUUACUGUCGAAAAAGGGGAUCACCAUGACUUGCUUUACUUGUCCUCCUGUGUCAGAGAAAAAUAAGAGCUCAGCUCAUACAAGUUUGUCCAUUAGCAGUUUGGAACAUUUCAUAAGUUUCUGUAGCAUUUAUGCCGAGUUUAAGACAAAACUUUAUUGCAAAGCGAGUUUCCAAAUUGUCUUCACAUCCAGACUGCCUUCUGCAAACAAGUCAGCUGUGAUAAGCAAUAUUUAGCAGAGAGUGUUCAAAGUGCUGUUAUACAGCCAUCUUCUUCAAUCUGGAAUGACAAAAGUUGGCAGUUCAGCUUAUUAAAUGUAUAGUAAUGAUAUACUAAAGUUACAAUAAUCUAGGAGAGUUAUAAUUGCCUCGCUUCAAAAGAUCUCAAAAAUUCUGGAAUGCACCUCCUGGUUUUAUAGCAGUUAUGCUUAUUUCUUAUGGAUUUCCUCAUAAGGACUCUGUCGAAAAGUCCAUACGCUGUCUCAACCUAACAAAUAUAAGUUGCCCACGGUGUUUGCCUCAAAGUGCCCGUCAUAUAGUUCCAGAAAAGAAAACAUUAUGCCUUAAGCUUUCAGGACGUCUAGGAAAUAAUCUCUUCCAGAUCGCCUCGGUUUUCGGUAUUGCUAGAGCAAAAGAUAUGCAUUUCACUUUAAAAUACAGUCAACACCUGAAGCAUUUGAAAGAAAUCUUCAAGAUAGAAUCUUUGCUGGUGAAUAUAUCAUGUCCAGAAAAUUUUAUUACAGAUGUGAAACAUUGCAGCUUCAGUAAUGUCGUUUUGAAAUACCCGAACAAUAAAGAUUAUUUGAUGUAUGGUUAUUUCCAAUCUUGGUUAUAUUUUUUCUCCGUUGAACCAGAAAUUCGAACUAUGUUUACUUUUCAAUCAAAAAUACGCGAUGAGGCACAAAAUAUUCUGAGGAAUAUAACCCAGUUUCAUCACCAAAAAUAUUCACUAACAAAUAACAACUCCAUGACAUACGUUGGUAUUCAUAUUCGAAGAGGCGAUUUCUUGAAAGAAAGAAACGUAAAAUUAGGAUACAAAACUGCACCAGCGCUAUAUUUUGAAAACGCUAUGGAAUAUUAUCGGAAGCAGUUCACAAAUUAUAUAUUUAUCGUCUGCACAGACGAUAUUGAAUGGAGCACAAAAAAUCUUGGGCACAAAUCUACUUAUUAUGUGCACGAAGCAUUUUAUAUAGACUUUGCUGUAUUAUCAAUGUGUAAUCAUAGCAUUAUUUCUGUGGGAAGCUUUAGCUGGUGGUCAGCUUGGCUGGCUAAUGGUCAAACAGUCUAUUAUCCACAUCCAUUCGAGAAAAAUACUUACCUCGAAACUAAAUUUAGUUCUCAUACACGUGACUAUUUCCCUUUAGAUUGGAUUCCUAUUGACAUUUAAAACUAAACGAUUAAACAUA